AUGCAUAUCUCAAUCGGCCGCCGCCCCCUCCACCACCAGCACCUGCUACUAGCUCGUCUGCUAUGCAGAACAGCGAUCGGCAUAGAUAUCUUUCUCGUCAAGCUCGUAUGGAAGCUUCGAGGAUUGACGAUUCGGACAGUUGACACCCUGCACCUCCUGUCCCAUCCCGCGGAGACGUUCAGGGGUUCAACAGCGCCAUUGAAGUUUUGCGAUGCGACGGUCUCAACCACGCACGUUCGCGGCAGCUUAUUGAACGAUAUUAUCGUGAACGUGGAGAACCGCCAUCAAGGAAUUAUUCACUCCCAUCCUUAUCCUCAAUCUUCAUCUCAAUCUGACCAAUCUCUCCUCCGUACUUAUAGUUCAUCUCGUCCGGCGGAAGCCAUCGUCCGGGCUGUAUCUGAUGUCUUUGACGUGGCGGAUGAAGACCCCUUGCCUGCGAGGCCUACAAGAAACACCGGGUUCGGUGCAGAGUCGGAGUAUGAUCGUAGUUCGCGGGAUACGCUGGCCUUCCGCCGACGACGUGCACGGGCUUUUAGACAUAUUAUCCUCGCACGUAUGGGAGGGCGGCCAAGAGUGUUGGGAGAUUUUGUGCCGGACGAGGAAUUUGAUACAUCGUACGAGGGUUUGUUGCGGCUGGCAGCAUCCUUUGGUGAGGCCAAACCGAGGUCGACGCCAAGCCAUGUUAUAUCCUCGAUGGAGACUGCAGAGUAUAAAGACUGGGCUACGGCAGAUAGCGACAAACGUUGCCCUAACUGCUUGGAUGAUUUGCAAGGCCAGCUUCUAGUGGAGGGGGACAACUUGGCAAUCAGGAAUCAGGAAUCGGCGCCCUUGGCGAUGCUCCACGGUAGGGUGAUGUUGAAUAGCAGAGUCGAGGCUGGCGGCGAAGGCUACAGGGAUUCCGGUGCAGAAUUUGCUGAAUGGAGAGAGGGAUAUGUUGGUUCAUUUAGAAGAGUUUCCGGCAGAAACAGUCGUAGGGCAAGAUCACGUAGUGUCAGUAAUAAGCGACGUCUCCCAAUGCGUCGCGUCGAGUUAUGGGAGGAGGUGUUCCAUGGUCGAUGCACUUCUCCUCCAACUCCUGUUCCUUUUUCGCCGAGGUAUUUCCAAAUCUUUUCAGUGCACAUAUGCGAGGCAGAUAAGUGGAGGUUCUAUUUCGGUGGCCGUAGCUGGUGCGGUGCUCCUGGUGAAGAUGGUAGCAAUUUUUCCAAUAGUUAUAUACCUCUCAUGCUUUCUCACACGAGGCGCCUGAGAUGUAAAAUUGCACAACAGGGGGUUCCCCUUGCAGCUUUUGAUUAG